ACCGGAGAAGAAGAACCCGCCGCUGGCCCCGCCUCCCGCAGUGCAUGAUGGUCGCUGUGCCGCUGGUGUCUGCAGCUGUGUGUCCUGGUGUUUGGCUCCCGGUUCCUCCGGUGUUCCUGUGAUGGUGAAGAGGACAAACGCCGGCUGCUGUGCUCCACACGACAGCUAGCCUCCUGGGAGGCGAGUCCCGAUGCCAUGGCCUCCAGCCACAGGUCGUCCCCAGCGCCUCGCGGAGGCCGAGAUGGGAUCUAUCCAAAGGAGCGGGAUCCUUCCCCCCAUCGAUGCCGGCCCAUCCGGUCCCUGCCUGACGUCUGUCCCAAGGAGCCGACAGGUGAGGGGCGUGGCCUGUGCCCGUCCGUGGUGGCGGAGCACGACAGGUGGACGGUGUACAGCUCGAAGGUGAACCUCCCCGCCGCGCUGAACGACCCACGGCUCGCCAAACGGGAGUCCGACUUUUUCACCAAAACAUGGGGGCUGGACUUCGCAGAGACGGAGGUGAUGCCGUCCUUCUACCUCCCCAACAUCACCCGGGAACACUUCGGGCCCUACCUGCAGGAGAUGGCUCAGAGGGAAAGAAUCCACGAGCGCUGUAAGACGAUCUGUCCCAACAAAGACGACGUGGACGCCGUCUCAAGUAUCACCACCAACCACGAUAAAUCCAGAGCUGAGCUGGAACAAGUCCCGAAGAUCUUCAUGAAGCCUGAGUUUGCUCUGGAGGACCCGGCGACCUUCAACACCGUCCUGCCCUGGUCGCACUUCAACAGCGCCGGAGGGAAGAGCAGCAGAGACGUGGCGUCCUCCAAGCUGCUGCAGGAGAAGCUGAGUCACUACCUGGACGUGGUGGAGGUGAGCAUCGCCCGGCAGAUCUCUCUUCGCUCCGAGGCGUUUUUCCACGCCAUGUCGUCGCAGCACGAGCUGCAGGACCGGCUGCAGGAGACGCAGCGGGCCGUGGCCGUCCUGCGGGGCCGGACCGCCGCCAUCGACCGGGUCAUGUGCCAGGGGCCGCUGAAGGCCCUCCGGACCGCCCUCACCCGCAACAACUGCGUGAAGCUGCACAACAAGCUGAAGCUGAUGGCGGCGGUGCAUCAGACGCAGCCCACCGUGCAGCUGCUGCUCUCCACCUCCGAGUUCGUCGGAGCGCUGGAGCUCAUCUCCACCACCAAGGAGGUGCUGCAGCAGGAGCUGCAGGGGAUCCACAGCUUCAGACAUCUGGGCUCUCAGCUGUGUGAGCUGGAGAAGCUGAUCGAUAAGAUGAUGGUGGAGGAUUUCAGCAUGUACGCCCGCAGCGACCUGAGCCGCAGCCUGCAGGAGGAGCCGCAGGUCCUGGAGAAGGUCCACACACCGAACGCUGCCUCACAGAAGGAGCGUCUGGAGUGUUUGGUGUUCGGCCUGCUGCGUCAGAGGAAACUGGACUUCCUGGAUAUUUACAGCGAUGAGAUGAUUUUGGCUGCCAAAGCCAUCGUCACUCAGUGUGUAGCAGAAAGUGUUUUGCACAUAGAAGAAAUUGACACUGAAGUCGUCACUAAGCUAGCUGACCAGAUGCGCGUGAUGACGUUUCCUCAGUGGUUUGAGCUGCUGAAGAACGUCUUCGAGAGUUUCCUUCUCUACCUGCAGAGGAUCAAGGGCACUCUGUGCGUGAUCAAAAACGUGGUUCUGGAGGUUCUGGCCUCCAACCAGAAGAUCCGGCUCCUGGAGGAGGCGGGUUCAGGCGCUGCUGGUCAGGAGGACUCCCCCGGCCCGUCAGCCUUGCAGGGGGAGGCCGAGCUGGCCUACCUCACCCACGAGGGGCUGUUCAUCAGCGACGCUCUGAACGAUGCCCAGCAGAACCAGCAGACGGGGGUCCAGGACCAGAGCUCUGUGACGGGCUCCAGGAUCCAGGCUGCCGGCUGCGACUCUGCGUCUGGGCCCACAGAGACGUCGGUCAGCAGAGAGCAGAACUUCAUGUCCGGUGAGAACAUGAUGCCCACUGAUCUGGAGCUGAACCGCGUCAUCAACAACAUCCAGGAGCUGCUGUACUCGGCCUCCGACGUCAGUCACGACCGCUGCGUCAAAGUCCUCACGGCCAGAGCCAAGGACGGCUCUCUGGAGCGUCUGAGCUCGGCCGAGUUCGUGUGUCUCUCUCAGGCGGUGGAGGCGUUCGUCAGGGACACGGAGGAGCUGUGUGGCCGGCGCAGCGUCUCCCUGCGGGGGGCGCUGCAGAGCCAGGCCAACCGCUUCGUCCACCGCUUCCACGAGGAGCGCAAGACCAAACUCAGCCUCCUCCUGGAUAACGAGCGCUGGAAGCAGGCCGAGGUUCCUGCUGAGUUUCAGGAUCUGGUGAACUCCAUCGCUGACGGCAGAAUAACACUACCAGAGCGCAAAAUCCCAGGUCCGGAGGACAGGAAGCCCACAGAGUUUCUGCUCGUCAACGGGCAGAAAUACGCCGUUGUUGGGACGGUUCUGCUGCUGAUCCGGAUCUUUCUGGAGUACUGUCAGUGUGUCAACGACAUCCCGUCCAUCGCCACCGACAUGCUGACACGUCUGUCGGACCUCCUCAAGCACUUCAACUCUCGGAGCUGCCAGCUGGUUCUGGGCGCCGGAGCUCUGCAGGUUGUCGGCCUCAAGACCAUCACCACCAAAAACCUAGCAUUAGCCUCCCGCUGCCUGCAGCUGGUUGUUCACUACAUUCCCGUCAUCAGAGCUCAUUUUGAGACCAAACUGCAGCCCAAACAGUUCAGCGUCCUCCGACACUUCGACCACAUCACCAAGGACUACAACGAUCACAUCGCAGAGAUUUCUGCUAAGCUGGUGGCCAUCAUGGACAGUCUGUUCGAGAAGGUUUUAUCAAAGUAUGAGGUGAAAGCUCCGAUGCCGUCGGCCUGCUUCAGGAACGUCUGUAAGCAGAUGGCGAAGAUGCACGAAGCCAUUUCUGAUCUUCUACCUGAAGAGCAGACGCAGAUGUUGUUCCUGAGGAUUAAUGCCAGUUUUAAGCUACACCUGAAGAGACAGCUGGCUCGACUCGGGGUCGUUAAUGAUGGAGGACCCCAGCAGGGGCUGGUGGUGGUCGACGUCGCCUUCUACACUGAGAACAUGGCGGCGCUGAAGAGCCUCGAGCGGCUCGACCUGAACAUGGUGGAGAUCUGGGAGCAGAAGAGGUGAUGGAGGACGACGGGACGUCCUGGACCGACCGACCGACCCGGUGACGGGGGGCCGACCUCGGGGGCCGAACACGACGGCCGGCUGAGGCUGGAGGAGGCCCGGAGGGACCAAAUAUAACCAAACUGGGAGAAGAAGAGCAGCAGCGGCGCCGGGGCUUCCUGAGCAGCUCCACCUUAAAACACUUUAUCAAGUAACACACAGAGCCUCCUUAAAAACUGCUGCCGCCUCAUCUCACUGUGUGCAAUUCAACAGGAAUACUAGUAAAUUAUUAGAGACAGUUUUAGUGGGAGCGAAGAGUGUAGAUAAUGUUGAAGAAAUGGUGGGGUAAUUUAUUUUUCUGCCGUCUUGGAAUCUGAAACUCCUUUUCUCCAGCGGGCCGAAGGGACUUUUUUUAUCAUCGCACACUGAAGUUGAACUUUUCUGUCGCUGGUUUCAGACUUUUGCUAAAACUUUGCAGCUGAGGAUUCAGGGUUCAGGUGGAAAUCAGACUUUUCUCCCUCCUGCUCAGACAGAAUCAACAGGGUUCCUUCACGGUGUCUCCAGACCUCUUUGUUCAGCUGGGUUUAUUCUCUGUGCUGAAACAUGCAGACGAGUGGAUUCUUUUAUACGCAACACAAGCGUAUGAAGGCCGGACCGCGUGCGACGAGUGAUGAUUAAAACGUGUCGCUGAAGAGUCGAUUUCCUGAAACUUUCAAAUAAAACAAAUUCAGACUGUGAACGCCUCCUCAGAUACAUCCUGUCGUUACCAAAGUAAAACUGUUUCUUAUUCAGGAAAUCAACUCUUCAGUCACACUUUUUCUUCUUCUUCCCUUUAAUCAAUCAAACUGUGCGGUGAGUCUUGAUAUUCCGGCUCGUUGUGAUGAUCCACAGUCGAGGCGUUUGACUGCAGAACGUGAAGCAUGAAAAUCAGCUGUUAACUCAAACUACUGUCCUCCUUCCUGCUGUACUUUAGUUUAAUCUGCAUGAGCGUUUAGUUUCCUGCGAGGCUGAAACGACACGACGCGGAACAGAAAAUCUGAUUUAUGUUCUCAGUAGAUCUUCCAUGAACAAACCAGAGUUAUUAGACGUCUCCGUGAACACGAGACGGAAAACUUCUGCUCUUGGUCACAAGAUUUCAUGUUCAACUCUUAAAACAUUUACAACCUAAAACCGUAUCACAAAAUACACAAGUGAGAAAUUAACGUGCAAAAAAUGUUUUUAAUCAUCAGACGAACGUUUUCCCUCUUCUGUCGUGUUGCUGCGACCUCAGAGUGAUUUCUCUGACUUUUACUAGUUGAGAAAUUAUUUUUCCAAUUAUGCCAACAUCACUUGAACACACCCUAGAUGUUAAGGUCAGUACAGUGGGCCGUCCUCCGGGGAAGGAGACAGUGAUGUCCCACAAUGCCUUGCAGCCUGAGAGUGUGGUGGGAUUCCCUCCUCGACCUCGUGAUGUUUCUGAUGGAGGUGAAGGUAACGAGUCAGCUUCAGACCUCUGAACUUCCUCCUUCACUCAGGACUCAGAGCUGAGUUACAUGGUUACAUGUCAGGAGUGAUGAUCAGUAAACGCUGAAUAAUCUGAACCUGCAGCGUUUAUAGUUACUAAAGUUAAGACAUAAUUAGUAAGAAGAGACGAGGAAGUAUAAAUCGCUGGUUCUAUUUUAAAUACAGACGUUAAGAUUUGUUAUUUCUGCUGCAUGUUUAUCGUUUCCAAACAUCGAUUAUUGAUCUCCUUCAUUACCAAUGAUCGACCUCCCGUCAGCCCUGGAAACAGCCGUUAUCACCUGCUCUCACCUGGUUCGACCCAAACGUCAGAUUUUCUGUUCUGCGGUGACGUUCAGCCUCUCUGAGCUCCGACCAAACAAACACACACCUGUGUGUCCACCUUCAGUGAAACCUCCAUCAACACUACAGGCAACAUGUGACUUCCAUGAGCAACAAGAGGAAAACAGAACUGUUCUGUUCUGCUGCAGCAGCUGAAUCACAGAGAAGGUGUUUGUUGUCCAGGUGAUCCUGUCGUCACGAGCACGCCACUAAUCUGGAGGUGAUGAAGUGAGGGAUGAUUGAUUGACUCUAAUCAGAGGUGUUGUUGAGAUCAGCUGUGUGUGUGUGUGUGUGUGUGUGUGUGUGUGUGUGUGUGAGGCGGGAGACAGACAGAAACUCUGAGGUUUGAUGUGACGCCUCAGUUUCAAAUUGAGCACAGAAAGCAUCGACUCAUCGCUGUCUGCUUCAGAAGUGCCUUCUGAUGAUCGACUGUCAGAGACGACGCAUCUGAGCUCUCCACUACAGUGUGCCUACCAAACCACUGUGUGUGUGUGUGUGUGUGUGUGUGUGUGUGUGUGUGUGAGAGAGAGGGAGAGAGAGUGUGUGUGUGUGUGUGUGUGUGUGUGUGUGUGUG